UUCCCACGACUCCUUGCGCGCUCCCGCCGUGCUCAGCGGCUUCCGGCGGCGGGGGUGGCGGGACGUGUGCCGGGCAGCGGCAGCAGCAGCCAUGGCGUACCGCGGGCAGGGCCAGAAGGUGCAGAAGGUGAUGGUGCAGCCCAUCAACCUUAUUUUCCGCUACCUCCAGAACAGGUCCAGGAUCCAGGUGUGGCUUUACGAGCAGGUAAACAUGCGGAUAGAAGGCUGCAUCAUUGGCUUUGAUGAAUAUAUGAACCUGGUGCUGGACGACGCAGAGGAGAUUCACUCCAAAACAAAAUCAAGGAAACAGCUGGGUCGGAUCAUGUUAAAAGGGGACAAUAUCACUCUUCUACAAAGUGUUUCUAACUAGGAUUUGUUGUUCACUUAGAACAAUGGCUACGGUGCUUCGGAGUGAAUAAAGUGCUAGUGGGAACAGGACCGUCUUGUAGAGAGGAAGUUAUGCGUAACCGGGAUGACAUGCAGAGUUGAAAACUGCACAUUCCUUUGUGCAAGGUUGUUUGGGGUUUUUUUUGUAGUUUGAAACCAUGCAUGAUAUAUUUCACAAAUAAACAUUUUUACAUUAACUGUAAACAUAAA